CCCCUUCGUGCAGCCCCCUGCCCCCCGUCUCCUCCGCAGGCCCCGUCCUGGUGCCCCCUUGCGCUGCCCCACCUCUUGCACCCCCUUCUCCUUUACCGCAGCCCCCGUCGCCCCAGAGGUGCCCUCCCGCAGCGGGGCCGCGUGCGCUUGCGGCCCCCUCCCUCCUCCCCCGUGUCGGUGGCUGCCGAGCGGCGUGGUGGGUCUGUCGAUCCUGGGCAUCAGAAGGGCGUUCGCAGACGAAGUGUCCUCGUGCGAUGCUGUCGGCCUGGGUUUGCCCCCCGUGCGCUUUGCACUUCGGACUGGGGUGCUCGGACCAGGCGCCUGGGUCACCUGGGGUUAGACGGACCCUCUUCUGCAUUGCUCGGUUUUAGGAUAAUCGAGCACAGAGGCGUGGAAGGGUCUUCUGCGGGCCUGGAGGUGUGGAGGGCAUCUCCGCAGGUUUGCAAGGAUGUUGAGCAGCGUGGCUAUGAAAUGGGAAGAGGUGAGCUCUGCUUCGGAGAGUGGGCCGAGGAGGGGUGCGAAGACUUCGAGGAGGAUUUCGGUGUGGGUCCCGGUAGCUUGGGAGACAGCGGAGGGGAGUGGGGCUGCUGGUCUUGGGAGGCAUGUGCUCUUGCUUGCAGAGGAGCAUAUGGUGCUGCUCGUGUGUUCGGUUCAAGUAGUAAAGGCUUCGAAGCUGCGAACGCAGCUGUCAGAAAGGUGCGUGUUGAAAGCACUGAGCGAGGGACUGGAGUCUUGAGGCUCUUGGUAUUUGUAUGAAAGGGAUGCGACUAAAAUAAUUCAAGAGUGAGGAGGAGCUGGAAGUACCAAGGGAGUCCUUGGGGAUCUCGCUGUGUUUUUUCUUAUUUGUUCACUUCCAACCAUAAUAACAAUUCAGGGUAGGCCGCAGCACUCCUUCCUAAACCCUUCACAGGUUAGAGAGAUGGGGGGCGAAAGAAGCACCAGGGGGAGAGAGGAAUAAAGAAGUGAGAGGGGGCAGAGGUAACGUGUUCUCUGCAAGCUAUUUUUAACCAAGGGAAUUAGCAGGGUGGGAAUGGGAGGACAGAAACCGUGGAGAACAAGGCCGCUAGUGACCAGAUUAAAUGAAACGGAGAGGAAUCUGUUGCUACAUUAUUGAUCAAAGCCUGUAAAGUCAGCUGGGAGUAAAUCCACACUGAGUCUAGAAAAACAAAUAGGACAACUUGACCAGGAUGCGCUGUUGAACGGGGGCGUGUGGCGUUGUUAUGGCUGGGGUGACUGGUGUGUGUGAAAAGGCAGGCGGCCGGCUGAUUUGGGACGAUGCUCCUCCAACUUGCCCAGAAGGAAGUUGUCAGGUUGUGGAGGACUUUGAAGGAUUAGGACAGGGUUGGGAAUUCUUCAGGGGUCAAAGCCAUGGCAAUUUCAUAUCACACUGCCUUCAAAGGUAAUUUAGAUUGUGUUUUGGUGCAAAAACCGAAACGGGACCCCUGGGUCAGCUCCCUGUCAGCUCUGCCCCAUCCCUUCGCGACACUGCGGCUGGGCUGCGUGCUGCCUGGAAGUCUGAGGGCACUUUGUGUAAUGUGGUUUUGCACACAGAUGCAACUCCAUGAUUCAGUGUUUAAUUUGGAGCGACUGGUGAGGCAGACUCUGGCGUGCCAGAGUGAGAGAUUUCCAAUAGCCUUUUCAUUUUACUUACUGUUGUAGUGCCAGGCUGGUUAUCCAUAUGGCUUUAUUCUCUCACGCCUCAGAUGGAGAGAUCAUUAGCUAUUCUUGCCAAAUAAAGCAUGACACUGUUGUAUUAUCUGCUGAUGAUUCUAGCGCCCUAGAGUUGAUGCAAAGUUUGUUAAGACUGCAUCAGAGAUGCCAGUUUUUCUUACUGCUAGUGUCUAGCUCCUGCGUGCUUGCACUCUCUGAAAAAGACUAGAGAGCUGCAUCUUUUUGUUUUCUGGCAUUUGUUCCUUUUUCAUAGUUCAACAUACAACAGCUGUUGUGUUCAUUUGCUUUUAAGGCUGCUUGUUCUCUGACCCUUAAGGACCUUCCAUCUAAUGAAGAUGUUUUCACAUUCCUAAGCAGCAGAUGUGUGUGAUUCCUCACAUCUUUAAAGCCAUCUGCCAUUCGGUAUUUUAUUUGUAUUACGGUAGCUCUGAUAAACCACCCUCCUCGACAGGAUCUCAAAGUUAAGAAGUAAAACGUCUUUUACUUUUAGGGUUUUUUAGCUGUAGACUGCAUGUUUUUCAGAAGUUACGUUUUUGAACAUACUCUGUAGACUUUGCCCAUUGGGAUGCAAAUGGUUUCAAGUCCUGUGAGUGUCUCUGCUGAGUUUUUGAUGACAUACAUUUGCUAGAAAAUCAGCACGAAUAGUGAUGAAGGAUAAUUUUCACUGGCUGUGCAAUAUCAGUGCAAGUGUGCAUACCUGAUGUCUGUGUUAGAUGCGCUGCGUGUUUUAGGAGUGGUCUAUGCAGAAUUAUCUUCUACAUGCAUUUAAAUGCAGGUAGUUAAUUUAAAAAGAUGUGCACUUUCCUUCUGUGCGAUAUUUGAGGGAAAUUCAGUGACACCCCUCCCCCAAAUUCCUGUUGUUAUUCUCUGUCUUUUAUCUGUUGAUCUGUUUAAUCGUAUUCUCCUUGUCAGGUGGAAGAUGGGGCAGUUUCCCUUGUGUUCUAGGUGACUCUAACGCCUGGUUACCAUGAAGUCUGGAGGCAGAUAGAGGGACAGUAGUGGGAUUUCUUCCCACUCCUCCAAAAAGAUCAAACAAUUGUCUAAUGGGAUUACCUCUUAUGCUGACGUCAUGGGGAGCUGCUGCAGUUGUCUGUGCAGGGACAGCAUCCCAGACAACCAUCCCACCAAAUUUAAGGUAACGAACGUGGACGAUGAAGGUAACGAGCUGGGAUCUGGGAUUAUGGAACUGACGCAGACGGAGCUCAUCUUGCACACUCACAAGCGAGAUGCCGUCAGGUGGCCCUACCUCUGCUUGCGCCGCUACGGCUAUGACUCCAACCUCUUCUCCUUUGAGAGUGGACGUCGCUGCCAGACAGGGCAGGGAAUUUUUGCGUUUAAGUGUUCCAGAGCAGAGGAGAUCUUUAAUUUGCUUCAGGACCUGAUGCAAUGUAAUAGUAUCAACGUAGUGGAAGAGCCUGUUGUCAUCACCAGGAACAGUCACCCCACAGAGCGGGAGCUUUCCCGGACUCCCCAGACACCCAACAAUCUGGGGUACACUGUCCCAGGAUUUCCCAAUGGAUUUCACAGCUUCCCUGGAGAAACCCUAUCUUACUCCACAGCUCGCCCCCCCUCCGUGAGCAGCCUGAGGCAUUCUUCUGUGGGUGAAGACUCUACUCAUGCCCUCAUUGGGCCUGAUGAGCAGUCCCACACCUACGUGAACACAGCCAAUGGUGAUCAGGAGCUGAGGGGCCGACAUUGUAUGCACUCCUUGCCUGAAGUCCACCCUCCUUUCCCCCAUAGGAACCACAGCUGCUCUCUAGAAGACCGCAAUCCCCAAGUCUUUCUGCAGCCAGGGGAGGUUAAGUUUGUGUUAGGUCCCACAUCCACCUACAGGCACAUGGUGAAACGGGAUAGCAUCUGUCAGCACCACCGGGAGUGCAGGACGCACUUCUGUGCCCCCAACAACAACAACAACGAGUGUGAGGAUGAGUGUCCUUCACCCCAGUGCGUCUACGAGAAUGUCAACGGCUUGCUGCCCCCCAGCAGCACGUCUCUCCGCCGAGGUGGGCGCUUGAAAUUCACCCGGGAGGAUCUGGGCUUAACCGGCUGCUCCCAUCGCAGAACGGCUCUGCUGCACUAUGAGAACUUGCCAUCGCUGCCUCCAGUGUGGGAGUGCCAGCCGCUCCGACGAGGGGAGGAGGACACAGACGCUGGGGAUGGGCUGACACCUUCCCCCAGCAGCUACCCUGAGGCUGGUGAAGACGAUCCUCUGCAGAACUACAUGAACUCAGAAAACACUGCGCUGCACGGGGGCAGCGGCCUGCGGCGCAGUGGCUUCCUGCCAAAGCCUCGUCGCAACUGCAUGUCCAGCGUCUUCAACUUCGACUUCCCCCGGCCCUGUCCAGAGCAGCCGCGGCAGCUCAACUACAUCCAGGUGGAGCUGGAGGCUGAGCCGCACAAGGGACAUCAGAACCCGCCGGUCCUCCAUGCCCCACCUCCUGCCACCCACGAAGCCCGCCGGACGGACUCCUAUGCGGUCAUUGACCUCAAAAAGACAGCAGCCAUGUCCAGUUUGCAAAGGGCCCUGCCAAGAGAUGAUGGGACUUCAAGGAAAACUCGACAUAACAGCACUGACCUGCCUCUGUAAGGGGGAAUGCCAAGUGCAAGCACUGUGUUGUGGCUUUGGUAUCUGCCCUUCAGUGUAUUGCCCGGUGUGACUUCCAUUUGCUGUUGCCUUCUGCUUUCCUGUUCGCCCCAUUACCUGGUGUCAUGGGAUGGCUCCUACAGCUGAUGUUAAGGCUGGUCUGUUUGCCAGUCUUCCCCUCUCCACUCUUCCUGUGUAGUUUGUUUUUAAAGCCUUGUGUGAUUUUUGAAGACACUGUUUGCGGGUUAAAUUUUCUUUCUGGAGAGAGGGGCAGAAGGUGCCAGCAAUAGAGCUGGCACUGUGAGGAUACAACCUUGAACAGGGUUAGCUCUCCUGCUUUCCUGGCAGCUCCCUGAACGGUGCCAGCAGCCUGGCUGUAGAGACAGGGCAGUAGCAUGGUGGAGGAGUGUUCCUAAAAGUAAGUUGCUUUAGGAGCUUGGCUGCAAAUUGAGCCCGUUUCUUGGGGAUUUCAUGCCUUGUGACUCCUGGUGAGCUCCAGGGGAAGCAGCCUCUCCAGUGGGAUCAUUCCAAACUCUGUUUUUUCCUUUGCAGUUUCUCUGGUCCCCAGUGACAUGGGAGCUCAUGGUGCAGUCUUUCUCCCUCUCAAGUCACUACUACUUUCUCCCCUCUGCUCUCUUGCCUAUUUUCCUGAAGCCCAUAGAAGUCUUUGAUUCUUCUGUCCCUCUCUGAGAUUUGAUUGGAAUUGGGCAUCUCCAGAAAUUAACAGAGCAGGACAGACAGACAUGGGCACAGACACUGUGAUCACAUAAACCUGGUUUCCUGAGGGGACCUUGCUUAAAAAGAGGAUGGGAAGACUGCAAAUAUGAGAGAAGUUUGAGGCUUGGUUUAGAAAUCUUCAGUUGUAUGUUACGUGUUUUGGCUUUUAAAGAUUCUUUUUGGUGGCUGUUCAGAAGUGCUGUUGAUUUGUGCUAUUUAUUUGUUUACUCUCUAUUUAUUUAUUUAUUUAUUUAUUUAAUGCUCUUUUGUAUCGCAUUGAUAAUUGCAAAAGCUGGUGCCAAUAUGAAACACGUCCUCUCAGUGGCUCACAACCUUUGUUGGGGAACAGAUCUCGGAACAGAGUUUGUGGCUUUGCCAUGCUGCACAGGGGGAAAAGAGCAGCUGUGAAUCCAAAACUUGCUAACUGGGCUCACUGUUGCAGGGUGGGUGGGAAAUGGUAUGGGAGACACGCGAGUGCGAGCGGAGUUGCAAAGCAGCCAAGCUUGGAGUCAUAUCAAAGUUGUUGCCUACCCCCACGUGCCUGGCUGAAUCCACGUGAAAUAUUUGAUCAGUGUUUUGACUAAAUGUGCAAUUCGUUUCCUACAACUGUAGACUUGGAAGGGCUAAAUUGGGCUCUUGGAUAAAUCUAUGGCCUUUGAUGUGGGUUUAUCUAUUGACACGAGGGCUGAAUGCAAGCUGAGCUGUCAGGCCUACGUGUGAGGUGCCUGUAGGGUCUCUGCUUCUCUCCCAUUGCAGGAUGCUCCACCGCCACUCUGUGCCUGGUGACAUGCUGCAGCCUAAUCCCUUCCCGGAUUACUGUUUGCCAUUAUCAGAUGUUUCUAUGAGACAGAAGUGCUUGGGGUUUGGAGUCCCACUUUUUUGCUGUCCAUACUCUUCACCUUCCUCCCUGGAAUACGAGUUGAGAGAUCCAGUGCUCUGCGAGUUGUCCCACUCCUGGCAGAAAGGUUGCCAAGCUUUGCCGUGUCCGCCUUGUUCCUAAUGUUUUACAAUUCGCAGAGUCAGAGAUCCUCUGGGAUGAAAGAGGAGAGAACCUGACUGUCCAAUUGUAACCUGAUUCUGAGGUCCAGAAACUUGAUUUCCAGAUUUUUGAAGUGCUAUAAUGUCAUAUUGGAAUGUGACCUUUCUGGGAGCAAGGACGUGUGCUGCUCAGUUAAGAAAAGUGAUAAAAAUAUAACUAAUGCCAUGCCUGAGUCUGCAGAGCACACAUUUCUUGGCUUGCUGUUUAUUGCAGUGCAAUCCAAAGUACACCACUUGCUGAAAUUCAGUGAUUUUUCUUUUUGUGGGGAAGUCCUUGUGCUUGUCUUCUGUUCUUUUCUGCACCCCAACCAUUAUGUGUUUUGUAACUGAAAGGAAACCUGAGUAAUAUAUUUUUAUAUGUAUGCCAAAUAACUUUAAAGGAAAAAAGACAAGUAAUGUAUCCCCCUAAAUCUAGGUUUCAUUUAGGGAAGUGAGAGAAGAAAUUAUUUAUUUGAAAAAAGAGAAGUCCACUGUAUUAAACUUUAAGGAAGCUAUUUAAAUAAAGAGUUUAUAAGCUCUAAGUAUCACCCUCUGGGACAGCAUUAGGAACCCUGACGUGACAGCAAGGGGCAGCGCUCUGGGAGCCUCCGGACGAGCCUGCCUUUCCAGUGUCACUGCCUGAGCUGAGAAAUGCAAAAUAUGUAUUCCCUUCUUCCCCCUAGAAAGAAAAAAAGGAUGAAAUGUUUGAUGUUUACAUGGAGCAAGAUGUCAGGGCCCUUUGCCACCCACAUGGAAGAGGCUUUUUGCUAUGUCUGCAGGUUGGUUAAAUGCAAGGGAAGCCGCUGCUGGGUGACUGCUCCCCUAUCCAGGGAGAAGGUAGGAGAGGCCUGGGCUGCCUGUCCUCGGGGUGUCACGGGCUGCUCCCCGUGGGCACGGGUGGCCUCCAGGGUUGCUGCGGGUCUCCGGUGGGGUGAGGCUGGUGUGAGGGUCUGUAGGUGUUGGGAGCUCAGGGCAUUGGGGCAGCACAGCUUGGUUGCUGGUGUUUCCUCUCUAGAGGCCUUGCAGAGGCUGGGCUUCCCAGUGUGUCCCAGGGGAACCCCAUUUAGGUGCCUCUAAACUAGCUUUGAUUUGGGAAAGCUGGCCUUGACCGUUCAAAUCACUGACAUUCAUGUCCCCUGGACAAUUAUGUUGCCUGGCUUGUGCCUCCCUUUCUUCUUCUGGUGAAGCUAAUGCUCACAGUGCCUCACAAGGAUGCAGAAAGCAGUAGUGACAAGGAGACCACUGUGAAAUAGCUGUGUGUGUACAUAGCAAAUACGCUACCGUUGUUCCUUUAUGACGUUUCUUAUUCUGUUUAUAGGGGUGCACGCUGCUCCUAUUCAAAAAAGGAGAAAAUUAAAUUUUCUCCUCUGUAAGGUCAAAGGAGGGCUUGUGUUGGCUGCUUCUGAUUUUGCUGUUUCAGUGAAUAGUAGACUGGUAGUCUUGCUUCACUGUCCUCUGCUUUACUUCAUGUUCUCCCUUGUGGCCUUGAGUGGAGGGAGUAGCACUGCUGGCUUGGCAGGCUUUGCUCGUGUGAUAUUGCAAGCUCCCAGAAAGCUUAGGGGACGUAAAGCUGGUCACAGCUAUUUGUUUGCACUGGAUUUGUUUUGAUUAGCGUUAAAGCAAUUAAAUGGGAGACCUCAUGCAGGGAACCACUUAUCAUUUAUGGCUUUCAGGGGGCAGACCAUGUUCAUGUGCCAAUGCUUUUCUUACUUUUUCAUUUUUGUGGAUAGCUUCACAAGAGCAAGAUCCUCAUUAAGUGACCAGAAUCCUUCCAAAAAUUCUUAAUGCUCAGUUUUGCAGGUGAUGUGAAAAGGGAAGAAAAUUCUGGAGUUAGAUUUGAACUCUGAGGCAGCAGUUUUUGGAGCACCAGGAACAGAAAUGCUGUUACCUUGGAUUUUUCCCUAAUAUUAAAACCUGAGCGGUGCUCACCAGUCUCACAGCUUCCUCUAGUGGUCAGACUUGAAACCGUUUCAGGGAGAAGAAAUCAGUGGCAGGUUGAAAAGGCUACGGUAUUUGAAUUAAUAUUUUCUCAUUCUUUCAGUUCCCUCCUCUUUGAUUUGGGUAACGGGCAGUAGGAAUAGUGAUUCCUACUGGUAAUUCUUUGGAGUCUUUCCCUGAUACUAUUUUCUUUUGGUUGAAAAUCAUGUUUAUGAAGUGUGGUGUUUUUAUGGCACUUUGCAAAGAUUGCUCUCCUCUUUCAUGUCUCUACUUAAUUUAUUUUUUGUGGGCCAAAUUCACCCAAGGGGUAAUGCCACUAAAUUUGGUAGAGUCACAGCUGGGAGCAGUUGGCUCUUUAAGAGAAUAUUCCAUCAGGUGGCUAGAAUUCGUUUUACCAUCACGUAAUUCUGCCUUUGUCUCCAUAUAAUGGUUUCCUUUCUUAGCGAUGUUGCUUUGAGCCUUACAUGCGAGUAUGCUGGACUUUCCCAAUGGAUGCAUACUAAUUAUAUAUGUGCAUGCUUACUUCUUAGAUGGGGAACUAAAUUAGGGAUAACCAUCGACUCCCACUAUCCCCUUCAACCACGGUACGCCCCGCACAACCAAGAUGACCUCUGCAGAGCAGAAUACCUCACCCUUUGUGGUCACAUCCGUACAGCUGGUGGUGAGUUUGAGGGAUUCUUCCAGGGCUCCGUGCAUCUAAGUGAUGCCACACAGUUGACUAGGAGGGAAUGAAUAUUCAAGUGUAUGUCUGAAACCCUUUUCUCUGGAGUUAGUCCCUGAAGCUGAACUGAAACCAUGAGAUCAGUUGCUUUCCCAAGCCUGGUUCUGGAAGGCAGAUGGUUCACGCUAGUGUUGCCCCUUGUGCUGACCUGUUCUGCCUACGAAUGGUAACUUGGAAGAAGGAGCAGUGUUCAGCUGUUGCGUUUGCUGAGACUUUCUUUGGUUUGUAAGGAAAGCUCUAGGCAGUGACGUGAAGCCAGCCUGGAUAGUGGUGAGGACCUGGCAGCAUGGGCCUAGUUAGGUUUUAUACCUGGCCUCUUAGCAGGUUUGUGUAGCCCCAGUGGAGCCCGUAUUGCAUCCUUGCUGGUGUCCUUUCCCCUGCUUGCAAGAUUGAAGCUCAAGGGAUGUCUUGGUGAGCAGCUGUGUGCUGUGCAGAGAGAAUUUGACUUAACCUCUUUAAGUGGCUCUUGUCUGAGUUUUUGAAUUAAUCAACUGGACUUUCUCCUCCGAUAUUUCUUCUCUGGUGACUGCAUAAAUAGAUCUUUUCCUUGUUCCUUUUCCAAGAAUCUCUUAUUAGAGAUAUAGCAUUUCCUGGCUCUCGGCUGUCUCUUAUCGUGGAAGGGGUUUUGCUUUGUUUUGUUUUUUCUUUCAUCCCAUUCUAUGUGCCUGCUUUUUCUCCUAGGGAAAGGAGAUUUGAGCGUUUGUGAGCUGUACCUGCCUUACAGGGAGAGGAUGGCAAAGGAGAGGCCAAACCGUGUGGUUUAAAGAAUUGAUAUUUUUGCAAAGAGGUUUGAAUGUGUUAGUUGUUACUGAAGUACUAAGUGUUAUUUUUAUUACUUAAGCCAUGCUGCUCACUGGGAGGAAAAACAAACCCAGCUUCAGCUGUUGCUGUCUUUGUUUCCAGUGAGAAAUGACUGACUAAAUACCUCUAACUCCCAGACUGCUGUCUUGAGCUAGCAGGGCCGCUACCUGCGUGUGCGUGCCCCUCGCUGGGAGGUGCGAGCGGUCCGUGCAGCACUGCCGGCGGGGAGGCUCCGCACCAGCUCUCGCUCACGCUCCCGACCUCCGAUGCUGCCCUGGCUCUGCCCUGGCCCGCUCUGCGGCGGUGGGCAGAGCGCGUCCUGUCCCCGUGUCUCACUUUUACCACGGCAAAAUGGGGAGGAUGGUACUGACCUUACUACGAUGCUUUUCUGAUGUGUGGGUGAGAGUGCUGUAUCAGGGCUGUGCGCUCUCUUAGCCAUCUUCUCCCAAAGUCUCCUCUCUGUCCCUCCGUGUAAUGCUGCUCAGCCCUCUCUGCUGCUGUCUUCCGUGUGAAGUAUCAUUAAUGAGUGAUUGUUAAUGAAUGCAUUGCCUCCUAGUAAUUCAAGUAACAGCUUCUGCGGGCUCAGGCAGCCAGUCUUUGUGGGGAGCUUGUUUUCCGAUCAAGCUAGGCUCAUCUUGAAGUGCCAUGCCCAGGUAGCAGAACAGGUUUAGACUCCUGUUACUGAACAGGACCGGGAGUGAAUACGUUAGGGGAAAUCCUGAAAGCUUUGAAGUUGGCACUUACAGGCCAUGGUACAGAAAAGGCUAAUUCUAAAGAAGGGAUCUAAUUUGUUUUUCCUUCAUAAGUAAAGGUGAUUUUAAAGUUGGAAGGCCCAGAUGCAUCUGUGUAAUCUCAAGCUCUACUCCCAUGUGAUUCUCCUUGUUACUUGUACUGGUGUCUCUGAUACUGAUCAUUUCUGAUGUGGCAGAAAAACAAAGGUGCUUCGGGGCUCUGGCCACCGGGGAUUCGGAGUUGCUCUGACCAUAGAGGUUGAUCUUGCUGUGUAAAUGCUUCUUCAGGUUGUUUCUAUGGAUAUGCAUUCAGUCCCUCUUUAUAUUUCAUCCGGGUGUAACCUUAAAGGCGAAGAACAAUAGCAGUGCUAUGUUACCUGAGGAGUGCUCAUGUCUUACAUUAACGUGCACUACGAAUGUAUACAGAAUAAACAGAAUAUGACGAUUA